ACAGCAAUGGCGACCGCGCGCGCUGCACGUGUACUUUUCCAGUUCUUUCUUUUGUCAUUGUGCGUUCUGCCUCACGUAUUCAGCUCUGUUACUGAUGUGGUGUGUGUUGGUGCUGUGUGCCCUGGGAUUGCCGAUGAAUAUAAGUUCCCCACGCCUCCGCUGGACCUACAGGAGCAGCUGAAAGCUGUGAAGCUGGGCGAGGUGUCCGACCAACUGAGGACAAAAAUUGCAUGGUUGCACUUGGAUAUAUGCCGCUACACGCUGUACCCUGGAAAAAGGAACCUUUAUUACGAGGCUGCACGGCUCCUCGUCUACUUCUAUCCGACCUUACGUGACAUCAAUGGACCAGGCUUCAACUCUUGGUGGAGACAACUAAAGAACAGGACAAAAAACCAGAGAAAAUCGUUGAGUGACAUUGCAAUGGUGAAGGCAGCACGUGAAAAAUAUGGCAAGAUGAAGAGGGCGGAUGAUGCAGGGACUACGCCAGCGUCACCAAGAAGUUGCAUCCGUCAGACGGUGAUGUUUUAUUUACACGUACUCAAUUCGCAUGUUCUGGGCUUCGAUUGGCACAUAGGUUGUAAAUACUGA